AUGUCAGAGCUUCUAAAGACUCUAGAAGCCGAGUUUUCUAAGAUCAAGGAUGCGGAGUCUAUGUCUGACUCACCUUUGAAGAAGUGUUUAACCGAAACGUCUGAAUUCAAGAUGAACCUCAAGAAGCUGAGAGCACAUUUGACAAAACAAAUACAAGAGGAAGCCGAUAGUGAAAACGCAGAUAAGUUGGCUAGGAAACGACAGUUGAUAAUAGAGAAACUACACAAGAAUUACAGGCAAUGGGAGCAUGGCGUUAGAAAACAGGGAAAAGUAGCCUUUCAGCAGCACAACAAGUUCAACAAGGUGAUACUGAAUAAGAUAUACGAUUUCGAUCUAGACGACGUCUAUGUUAACCCCCUCCCUCCCAAUGCUCGGGAAUACGUGGAACAGGCAGUGGGGUUGCAUAUAUCCCGGUAUAACAUGAGCUCAGUGCCCGUAGAAGACGGCAGUGACAUGGUCGACUAUCUGGAAAACGUUUAUAAAGUUGAUCCGUUGAUAUCGAAGAAAUUCGUGGAUAUGGCGCAGAUAAUAAGAGAGCUUCGAGCUGGAAACUUGGAAAGCUGCAUGGCUUGGUGCACGGAGGGCUCACUACUGGAGUUUGAGCUUCACAUGCUAAAGGCGAUGUAUUUCUUGCAGAGCGGAGACAAGAUCAAGGCAUUUAAUUACGUGCUGAAUUCAAUUCCUGGAUUUCUCAAGAAAACUAAAAAGCAUCACUUGAGACACAAAGUAGCACCUCUUCUCGCCCAGCUUGUUGUGUGCAGUCAAACCACCUUUGACAUCAGCAAUCAACGUGAAAAAUGCAUCAACCUUUUCACGCAGGACUACUGUGCUAGAAACAAGCUGUCCUUUAAUUCUUCGCUGUUCCUCAUUGUGAUGAGUGGCAUAAUAUCUUUCCAGUUCUUCAUCAAGUACCGUACUAUUAGAGCCGCAAGUCAUGUCGACUGGAGUACGGAGAAUGAACUUCCGUUUAACGUCAAACUGCCGGACUUUUUGACCAAAUUUCACCCAAUUUUCAUAUGCCCCGUUUUAAAGGAAGAGACCACUACCGAAAACCCUCCAUACGCUUUGCCAUGUCACCACAUCAUUUCCAAAGUCAGUCUUGACAAGUUGAGUAAAAAUGGGACUUGCAAUUUCAAGUGUCCUUACUGUCCCAUCAUGGCUGCCCGCUCGAGAGCUGAGAAAGUCAGCUUUGUUUUUCUUUAA